AUGGAUAACUUCGAGUACAGCAUCCAGCUGAACGACCGCGAAUGGGCCGAGUUCCUGCGCGCCGCCGAGGAGUGCAGCCUGGCGCCGGCCUCGCUGGCCACGGCCGAGGAGCAGUGCCUCAGUGACAUUGAGCAAGGGGACACCUCGGGACGGGACUGUCCCCGCAGCAGCGAGCCGGGGAUCGCGGCCAGCCCGGGCACGGAGCCAGAGGUUGGCACGGGCAGCUCUGCCCCACGUGGGGCGGUCACUGUCACCUCCCCGCGCUGUCCCCAGCGUGGGCACCUCUCGGGCAGCGCGGACGAAGCGGAGCCGGGCUCUGCGGGUGAGUUCGUGUGUGACAGCGACCAGCCCAGCCUGGCAGCCGCUGCCAUGCCCAGCGCGCAGAGGAGGCAGCCACCGAGGCCACCCGCGGCCACCACGGCUGGUGGCACCGCCCAGGGCAGCGCCGGGCAGGACGCGGCGGAGAAAGGAGCGGCCACGGAGCCCCCCGAGCGGGGCGGGCACGCAGGAGGGGGACAAACCCCGGUGGCAGAGGUGGCACAGACAGCGGUGACACAUCCAGGGGCUCCAGCAGCCCCCGGCCCCGCGGAGGGACAGCCCGAGAGAAGCGCUGACUCAGCACCGCGGGGACCCCCGGGGGACCCCCCGAGCCCGGCGCUGGGGUCGCUGCCCGGGGUGGCACCGGAGGAGGAGAAGGCGGGCACGGAGCCGAGCUCACCGGGCGGAUCCCCCAGCGUGGUGAGGCCCAAGGUGCCGGCACAGCCCAGGAAGAGCCGCAGGCAGCGCGGAGCCACCGAGGGGGACCGGGAACCGGCGGGGGCUGCGGCACCGGGAGCGGCCGGAGCGGGGAAGGCUCCCCCGGGCUCCCCGAUGUCCCCGAGGAAGGGUAGAGGGAAGGACAAGGCCAAGGGAGCGCUGGUCAGGCUGGGCAGCGAGGAGGCUGCGGAGAACAAGCGCUCGGUGCCCGGGGACGGCGGCGAUGCCGGGACUGCUCCCCCCAAGAAGGGGAAGGAGCCGGGGGCGCAGUCCCCAGGGAAGGCAAAGGCCACCAAGCAGCCAAAGGCAGCGCAGGCCGGCGGCUUGGGCGGACGUGACAGUGUCCCUGUGGUCCCUGGCGACGCAGAGGUGUGCCAGGAGAUGCCAGGGAAGCCUCUGCAGCCCGGGAGAGCAGCAGCGUUGGGAGGGAACGCUGCUGGGACAGAGGGGGCUGGGGGACAGCCUGCAGCUGAGAUCCCUGGAAUUCCAUCAGCUGAGAUCCCUGGAAUUGCUGCUAAGGAGAUCCCUGGAAUUCCAUCAGCUGAGAUCACUGGAAUUGCUGCUAAGGAGAUCCCUGGAAUUCCAUCACCUGAGAUCCCUGGAAUCCCGUCAGCUGAGAUCACUGGAAUUGCUGCUAAGGAGAUCCCUGGAAUCCCACCAGUUGAGAUCCCUGGUAUUCUUGCUGCUGAGAUCCCUAGAAUUCCCGAUGCUGAGAUUCCCAGGAAACCCCCAGAGAUCCCUGCAGUUCCUGCAGCUGAGAUUCCCAGGAAACCCCCAGAGAUCCCUGUAAUUCCUGCAGCUGAGAUUCCCGGGAAACCCCCAGAGAUCCCUGCAGUUCCUGCAGCUGGGAUCCCUUGGGAGCCUGCAGCUGUCAUUCCCAGGAAACCUGUGGCUGAAAUCCCUUGGGAGCCAGCAGCUGGGAUCCCCAGGAUUCCUGCAGUGGGGAUCCCUUGGGAGCCUGCAGUGGAGAUCCCCAGGAGUCCUGCAAUUGAGAUUCCCAGGAUCCCUGCAAUGGAGAUUCCCAGGAUCCCUGCAGCCGAAAUCCCCAGGAUCCCUGCGAUUGAGAUCCCGUGUGAACCUGCAGCUGAGACCCCCACGAUUCCUGGAGCUGGGAUCCCUUGGGAAGCUGCAGCUGAGCUGCCCAGGGCCAGGAGCCCCCUGUGCUUCGCUGGUGGAGCCUCUCCCAAGUCCAACUCCCUGGAUGUGACGUGGCCCGAGAUGUACGAGUACCUGUUCUGUGAUUCCCAGGAGGAGGAGGAGCUGGGCAGCUCCCUGGAGGGGAGGAAAUCCCCCUUGUCCAGGGAAAUCUCCUGGCCUGAACUCUACGAGUAUUUGUUCAACGAGCCAGAAGGAAGCAGGAAAAAAGGCAAAGCUAAAGACAGGAAAAGAAAGAAGUUCAGCAGCUUGGAGCGCUCUGGGAUGCAGAAGGAGGCUCCCAGCUCGGCCCCAGGCGAGGACACCGUGGUUAUCCCUGUCCCUGAUGUCUAUGGACACUUCCUCCCAGAGAGAGCCCCGAACAGGACGGGCUGGAGGGGGAUUUUCUCCAUGGCCCCAGCCUCCGAGGUGAAGAAAGCCGUGGGGGCUCUGAGGUCCCUGCUGCAGAGGCAGAUGCAGCUCGGGGGAGGCCGAGCCUCGAGCUCGCAGGCGCUGGUGCCCCGGAGAGGCGGGGAGGAGCUGGCCCUGGUCCCGCUGGGAGGAGCCGGGCUGUGGCCGGAGGAUGGAGACACGGCCCUGGCACUGAGAGGAGCAGAGGAGGAGCCGCGGGUGCUGAGCCACAAGGACAUGUGCCUCGUCUUCUGUGCCUUCGCCUCCUGGGCUGUGAAGACAUCCGACCUGCAGGCUCCGGAUGCCUGGAAAACCAUGUUCCUGGCAAGCUUUGGCACCCUCUCGGCCAUCCGCUACUUCCGACGGCAGGUCAGGGAAGGGCACCCCCGGACUUAACCCCUGCCUGGCCGGAGCCGCUGCCCGAGGCCGGGACUUUGCUCUGGACAGUGCGGGAAGCUCGGACCGGCCCCGAGGAUUCCUCCGGCCCCAUCCGGACUGGCCAGGAUGGCCCAGGGAGCGUCCCGGUGGGACAGGACAGACAGACAGACAGACGGACAGGACAGGGUGGCUCUGCCCUGCCCGGUGGCACCGCUGCUCCCUCCUCCCAGCCGGGCUCACGGAGGGGAUGAAUCGCGACAGAAGAGCCGGGAUCAGCUGUGGAGGAGGACGGGGGAGCUUUGGGAUGAGCUGGGCUGGGGGGGAUGGAGGAGCCGCUCCCGUGACUCCGGCACGGCUCAAAAAUGCGCUCGGGUUUCGCUCCGGGAAUCGCAGCUCGGCUCGGGGAUAAAGUUUCAGCCGGGUCUGGAGCUGGGGACACGUCCCCAUCCCGAGGGAGGGGACGGGCAGGGGUCACACCGG